AUGUCGGAGGAAGCCGACCGGCGAGCGCGGCAGCAGCGGCUGCUCCCCGUCCCGAUCAUCCCCAUCCUGCUCUUCCUCGUCGCGCCGCUCGCCCUCUUCCUGUUCACGUCGCCCGACUUGCAGCUCCCUCGUAUCCGCAUCGAGUAUGGCCGCGGUGACGCUCCCUCCAGCGCGACCGCCACGGCCGAGCGCACGACGCCUCAGCCUCCGCCGCCGUCUCCGGUUCCGGGUGCCGACGACAGCGACGAGGAGACACGGCUCCCGCCGCCGCGCCAGCUGACGGACCCGCCCUACUCGCUCGGCACAACGGCCGUGUCGGGCUACGACGCCCGCCGGGCCAAGUGGCUCCGCGACAACCCGCGGUUCCCGGCCUUCGUCGCACCGGGGCGGCCCCGGGUGCUCGUGGUCACCGGGUCGUCGCCGCGCCGGUGCGGGAACGCGGACGGCGACCACGUGCUCCUCCGCGCGUUCAAGAACAAGGUGGACUACUGCCGCGUCCACGGCUUCGACAUCUUCUACAGCAACGCGGUGCUCGACGCCGAGCUGUCGGGGUUCUGGACCAAGCUGCCGAUCCUGCGCGCGCUGAUGCUCGCGCACCCGGAGACGGAGCUCCUCUGGUGGGCGGACUCCGACGCCGUGUUCACCGACAUGCUGUUCGAGCCGCCGUGGGGCAGGUACGCGGCCCACAACCUCGUUCUCCCGGGCUGGGACGAGAAGGUGUACGUGGCCAGGAGCUGGCUCGGCAUCAACGCUGGCAGCUUCAUCAUCCGCAACUGCCAGUGGUCGCUCGACCUGCUGGACGCGUGGGCGCGCAUGGGGCCGCGCGGCCCCGUGCGCUACGAGUACGGGAAGCUCCUCGGCGAGGCGCUCUCCGACCGGCCGCCGUACGAGGCCGACGACCAGUCGGCGCUCGUGUACCUGCUCGCGACGCAGCGCGGCAGGUGGGGCCGCAAGACGUUCCUCGAGGGAUCGUACAGCCUGCACGGCUACUGGGUGGACAUCGUGGACAGGUACGAGGAGAUGCGGCGGAGUCGGACGCCGGGGGCCGGCGGCGAGCGGUGGCCGCUGGUGACGCACUUCGUCGGGUGCAAGCCGUGCGGGGGCCAGUACGCGAGCUACGACGCCGCGCGGUGCCGGCGCGGCAUGGAGCGCGCGCUCAACUUCGCCGACGACCAGAUCCUGAGGCUCUACGGGUUCGAGCACGAGUCGCUCAAUACCACCGCCGUGCGGCGCGUCCGGAACGAGACCGGCGGGCCACUGGACGCGGAGGACGAGGAGAUCGCCCGGCUCUUGCACCCGACGUUCAGGUUCAGGUGA